UUGACGUCCCCUUUAACCUUGUGAGGGAAAUGCGCCUACGCUGGCCAAAAUAUUUUCUGUCCAAACGCAAAUAUGCUUCGCACGCGACACAUUUGGAGCUGAAUUUUAAUGUAUAUAUUAAAUUAACAUUUGCUCUAUGCAUGACAGCUGAAUUGCACCUGCUUGUGUUUUGAGUAAUACCUGCUUCCAACCAGAAAUUGAAUGGUCCAAUGGAAAUGCGCAUGUAAGCAGUUGGUCACCAACGCUUUGGAUAACAGGAAAACAGCCUAACCAGCUCCGCUAGGGUAAAGAGUGCUGGCUGAAACCUUUCCCAGCACUAUACCGCUCCUGAUUUGAGUGAAGGGGACGAGAGUGACGCCUCCUUCUGUGGGACCACCUCAGCGGACAGAACCCCCCCCCCCUCCCCCCAUUCCUCCACGGGCCACCAUGGGUGAAGUAGUCAUUGUGAAGGAGGGAUGGCUUCACAAACGAGGAGAGUACAUAAAGACCUGGAGGCCCAGGUAUUUCUUGCUGAAGAGAGACGGUACGUUCAUCGGGUACAAGGAGCGACCGCAAGACGUCGACCAACUAGAGACGCCACUCAAUAACUUCUCAGUAGCACCAGAAUGUCAGCUCAUGAAGACUGAGCGACCCAAGCCCAACACAUUCAUCAUCCGCUGCCUACAGUGGACCACUGUCAUAGAACGCACCUUCCAUGUGGAGAGCCCAGAGGAUAGGGAGCAGUGGACAAAGGCCAUCCAGGAGGUGGCUGAUGGGCUGCAGAAACAGGAGGAGGAGAGGAUGGACUCCUCACCAGACCCCAUGGACAUGGAGAUGUACCUCACCAAGCCCAAACUCAAAGUGACUAUGCAUGACUUUGAAUACCUCAAACUCUUGGGAAAAGGCACUUUUGGGAAGGUUAUCCUGGUGAAGGAAAAAGCAACCGGAAAAUACUACGCUAUGAAAAUCCUCAAGAAAGAAGUGAUUGUGGCAAAAGAUGAAGUAGCACACACGCUCACUGAAAACAGAGUACUGCAGAACUCCAAACACCCCUUCUUAACGAGUCUGAAGUACUCCUUCCAGACGCACGACCGCUUGUGUUUUGUCAUGGAGUACGCCAAUGGAGGAGAGCUGUUCUUCCACCUAUCACGAGACCGUGUGUUCUCAGAGGAGAGGGCCCGGUUCUACGGAGCGGAGAUCGUGUCGGCGCUGGACUACCUCCACUUGGAGAAGAAUGUGGUUUACAGGGACCUGAAGCUGGAAAACCUGAUGCUGGACAAAGACGGCCACAUAAAGAUCACAGACUUUGGCCUGUGUAAGGAGGGCAUCAAGGACGGGGUCACCAUGAAGACCUUCUGUGGGACGCCAGAGUAUCUGGCCCCUGAGGUGCUGGAGGACAAUGACUACGGUCGUGCUGUGGACUGGUGGGGUCUGGGUGUGGUCAUGUAUGAGAUGAUGUGCGGUCGGCUGCCCUUCUACAACCAGGACCAUGAGAAGCUGUUUGAGCUGAUCCUGAUGGAGGAGAUCCGCUUUCCUAGAACCCUGGGCCCUGAGGGAAAGUCCCUGCUCUCUGGUCUGCUCAAGAAGGACCCCAAGCAGAGGUUAGGUGGAGGGCCUGAUGACGCCAAGGAGAUAAUGCAGCACAAGUUCUUCGCUGGGAUCGAGUGGCAAGAUGUGUACGAGAAGAAGCUGGUCCCGCCAUUCAAGCCCCAGGUCACCUCGGAAACGGACACCCGCUAUUUUGACGUGGAGUUCACCGGGCAGACCAUCACAAUCACGCCUCCAGGACAAGAUGACAGCAUGGAGUCUUUCGACAGCGACAGGAGACCCCACUUCCCUCAGUUCUCCUACUCUGCCAGUGGGACAGCCUGAACCAAAAACCUAGACUCCCUCUCCUCACUCUCUUAUGGACAAUACCCCUCUCACCCUGACCCCACACACAGCAACCUCUGACCAGAACACAUCCUCACAGGCCAUCUAUGACCUCUUUUCACUUUUAUUAUUUUGUCUGUAAUUGUUGGUGCACAUCUCAAUUGUCUAGCGUGGCUUCUUAUCCUGGUCUCCUCUUCAGAUGGACAAUGAGAGAAAGGUCACUAAACUAUUGAGUCAACCUUGGUGUCACCAGUGUUUCAAAUACCGUACUUGUUCUGUUUAAGGGGAGGUUUCUGUUGCCUGCCGAAAGCAACACACUUGGACACAGUGGUGACCGACCUACCUAAUUCUUCAUGGCAGCAUGAUGUUCCUGUCAAUGAUACGUAUGCCGCUAGCCUCAAAAGAGAAGCACAUUCAUAAGCGUUCUCUGAAAACUAGCUUUUUAAACGGUACACUAUAUAUUUCUCCAAAUGAUUGUCUUUAUAUUUUGAUGGAGCAAAGGGAAACAUCAGAGCGUGAUCUGUAGAAAUAGUCCUUCCCAUCUCCAUCUACUAGCCACCACUGCCAUUGUGCUCUGACUCCCAGGUUUUACAUGUUUGCGAGAGGUAACACUAAAGCUCCACACCUGGGUUGUGUUCAGUAGGACACCACGAAGCAACAAGUUUUGAAAUAGAAAACGAAAAUAUGUGUUCUUAUUGAACAAGUUCCCGUAGCACCUCCUGUUGCCUUCUCCCAUUUCGUGCCUUCUGAGCAUAACCCUGCAGUCUCUCACCUCUCAAAUGUUGACCCUCCUUAACACACACACCUUCUAGUAGGAGUAAGUGCUAUAGAACUGAAAUGGAGUGUAUGGAAUGAGCCGUCUACUUUUCUUCAGUGUUACUGGCCUCACCACCUUGCCUAAGUUGUCCUUAGUGACUACAGUACAAUGUAUCAAGAAAACAGUUGGCUCUACUGGAUCACACCAUCUGUAAAGUGAAGCACAGAGUAUGAUCCACACAUCAUUUUGUGAAUUCCAAAGGACAUUUUUGAUGGGUGUAUUGGCUACAUUUAUAUUUAGUGAAAUAGAUGUUUUCAUGAGAAAUCAUGUGAAUAGCAAUCUUGUUCAUUCCUGUAAAGUUGCUGCUGCAACCACAGUAGGGGAGGUAUUUUCCUGAUACAUUUUAUGGUGAAAUGACUAGGUGUGUGUAACAUGCAUGCAUGCAUGCAUACACACACACACACACACACACUUGUUUUUUCUAGAAAGGUCACUAUCCAUUUACCCUGUAACAAAUGUUGAGUUGGUCCUUGGUUUAUAUUUUUCUAUCAAAGCUGUAGACAUAUACUUCAAAGUACAUUGAAAUGAGAAGUAAUAUAACUCACUUUUUAUAUCUAGCAGAAAAUCAUGCUAGCUACAUGUUGAUAAAAUAAAUCAACUUGUUGAAAACAUAUGUCUUUUUCUACCAGCAUGCCAUUGAAUGUGCACACAUGCAUAGCUUAAACUACGCAAGAGUCUGAAGCUUACCUGCCUGUAGAGUUGUUUUUUUAAAGGAAAAAAAGUUUACCAACCUAGCAGUUUCUCCACAAAUAUUGUCUAUUAUUGAGAACAGUCACAGUCCGGACAAUGUAUAACAAAACUCUCAUCAAUGAUUCAGUUCUGCAAAAUAUUCUGAAGACUGUUAGCUUGGUGGAGAGUUUGUGCAAUAACACAGUGCCAUGGUGAGGGGAAAGGAGAGGCAGACAUAAUUGUCACUGGUGUCCUCGUGAGGGCAAUGCUGAAACAAAAUAAAUGGUUUGAAAUGAAUAUCCGUCUUAGCUAGAACUGUGACCAAAGUCUCGUUUAGUUUGAGAGAUUUACAACCUUACCUUCUGCUUUGUUUUGCCCUGACCCUUAUCGGAGUAGCACCGACUGAAGCCUGGAUAAUAUCAUCUGAAAGGCAUGUACUGAUUCGAACCUUGGGAUUGAGUGUACAAAAUUAAUUGUGAAUGUUCUGCCAAUAAAAUGACCUUCUCUUUGCUGUUAGUUCUCAA